AUGGAGCAGAACUCUGCCGGCCCAAAAGGAAGAGCGGAAGAAGCGAUUUGGAUUGAGGAUGUGGCGGAACAGCCCAGAGGGAGAAUAGGGCAAGAGGGAAGAGAGGAACCGGCCAAAGGGCUGCACCAGCGCUGGGAAGCCCAAUGGCAGGAUUUCUUGAGGAGUCUGGAGUCUCCUCACACAGGGUGGGGAGGCGCGGAUUUAAUAGAUGAACCCAGCCCCUGGGAGGAUGCUAAGGCCUUCUUGGCCUCCUUCGAGCAAGUGGCAAAAGCCUGCCAGUGGCCCAGGGAAGAGUGGGCCGCCCAGCUCCUGCCGGCACUCAGCGGAGAAGCCCAGCAGGCCUUCGUCAGCCUGGAGGCCAGAGACAGGGAGGAUUAUAGGAAAGUGAGGGCGGCCAUCUUGCGCUGGGAAGCCAACCGCAUGGAAACCCUGCGGCAGCACUUCCGACAGUUCCGCUCCCAGGAGGUGGAAGACCCAAGACGGAUCUACAGUCAGCUGCAGGAGCUUUGCCGUCAGUGGCUGAGGCCGGAGAGUCACUCGAAGGAGCAGAUCCUGGAGCUGCUGAUCUUGGAGCAGUUCCUGGCCAUCCUGCCGCCAGAGCUGCAGAGGUGGAUUAGGGCCAGCUGCCCUGAGAACUGCACCCAAGCUGCUGCCCUUGUGGAUGUUUUCCUCAUGAAGCAUCAAGGCAGUGCUGAGAUUUGGAAAUGGCAGGAUUCCCUGAGUGAAGAGGGGGAAUCCCUGGAUUCCGUGCAGAGAAAGGUCUACAAAGAAGCCAUGCAGAACACCGAAGGGAAGAUACAUUUGUUGGGACAGGAAACAAGUGACUCUGAGCAGGCAAAGGUACACUGA